CAGGCCAAAUCUUCCUCUUCGGUCUCUCCUCUGGUCCUCUCCUCCUCGCGGCGCCACCGCUAGCCACCGUUGCUAAUCACUCUCUGACGCCCCCUUGCUCGAGAUGCACUCGUCUCGUAUAUUAAUUUAACCCCGGCAACAGAGGGAGCUGCCUCCUCGUCUGAUCCUCUUCUCCCUCUCGAGAUCCCACACCGCAUGCCACGUCGGCAGCCUCGGUCUCCUCGGCCGUACGGCACCAGGAAAAUAUUGCGAGGAGCAGAGCGGAGCGGAGCUGAGCUUUUCUUGAGAUGUAUGCGUGCGUGGGCGGUUGGUUGGGAGCUGCGAUGAAUGCGGGGAUGAUGUGAUUCUUGGGGAAGUGAGAGAAAGGGUUCUUCCUCGUGUGUGAUUUGGAGGAGAGGAGGAGGGAGAUUGAGUGAAACAGAGGAUGAUGGGAGCUCUGCAGGUGCAGAGCAAUGGCGGCGGUGCUGGCGAGGGGCUCUUAGCUGAUGAUCCUGGGUAUGUGGAGGUUGAUCCCACGGGGAGGUAUGGCAGGUACAAUGAGAUUCUCGGCAAGGGAUCCUCAAAGACCGUGUACCGGGCCUUCGACGAGCACCGUGGCAUGGAGGUGGCGUGGAACCGGGUGCCGGUGCACGACUUCCUGCGGAGCCCCGGCGAGCUGGAGCGCCUCUACGGUGAGAUCCAUCUGCUCCGGUCGCUCCGCCACCGCGCCGUGAUGCGCCUCCACGCCUCCUGGGCCGACGCGCCGCGCCGCGCCGUCUGCUUCGUCACCGAGCUCUUCACCUCCGGCACGCUCCGCCAGUACCGCCAGCGCCACCGCCGGGUCGGCGCCGCCGCCGUCCGCCACUGGUGCCGCCAGAUCCUCGACGGCCUCGCCUACCUCCACGCCCGCGGGAUCAUCCACCGGGACCUCAAGUGCGACAACAUCUUCGUCAACGGCAGCCAGGGCCAGGUCAAGAUCGGCGAUCUCGGCCUCGCCGCCGUCCGCCGCCGGCAGACCGCCUCGCCGCCCUACGCCGCCCACUGCGUCGGAACGCCGGAGUUCAUGGCGCCCGAGGUGUACGCCGAGGACUACGACGAGCUCGCCGACGUCUACUCCUUCGGCAUGUGCGUCCUCGAGAUGGUCACCCUCGAGUACCCCUACAGCGAGUGCGCGCACCCCGUCCAGAUCUACAAGAAAGUCACCUCCGGGAUAAAGCCGGCGGCUUUGUACAAGGUGAAAGACCCGGCGGUGCGGCGGCUCAUCGACAAGUGCUUGGCGCCGGCGUCGCGGCGGCCGACGGCGGCGGAGCUGCUCAACGACCCUUUCCUGCUGGUCGAAGACGACUUCUUCGUUCACGACGAAGACUACAGCGCGAUGUACAACUACCUCCACCAGCCUGUCUGUCUGGACCACCACCGCCGCGGCGGCAGCAGCGGCUCCACGGCGAGCAACGGCGGCGGCAGGUGGGACUCCGAGGACGACGACGAUGAUGACGGGAGCAUGUUCCAUGGCAUCGACCAGCUGUUCAACGAGCACGAGGACGACGAGCACGUCGCGGGCGUCGACAUCACCAUUAAGGGCAAGAGGAUGGAGGACGGCAGCAUCUUCCUCCGGCUGCGCAUCGCCGACAAAGACGGCACAGGGAUUGUCCGGAACAUCUACUUCCCCUUCGACGUCGAUGCGGACACGGCGCUGAGCGUGGCGACGGAGAUGGUGGCGGAGCUGGACAUCACGGACCACGAGGUGACCCACAUCGCCGAGAUGAUCGACGGCGAGGUCGGCGCGCUGCUGCCGCACUGGAGGCCGGGUCUCGGCAUGGACGAUGACAACGGCGACAGCGAUGGUGACGCCGCGGAUGACCCGGACGCGCCGACGCCGAGGACUCCCUCCUGCAAGAACUGCCGGUCCACUGCCGCGUCCUCCGACGGGUUGUCGCUCGACGACUACAUGUUGGCAGCGGCACGCCGCGGCUGCCGGUGCGCGGAGCUGCACGGCCGGUUCGAGGAGAUCACGUUCCAGGCCGACGACGAGCCGGCGCAGUUUCAGAGUUCAGGGUGCAGCAGCUCCGAUGACGGAGACAAGAAGCUCAUGGGCAUCAAUGGCGUGGCACAGGAUAUCACCACUGAAUGUUCAGACCAGUCUUGAGCUGGUUCCUGACAUGAACAAUCCUAUUAACCUGAACACCGUGAUCAUAGCAAGAUCGAGCCAUCCCGCGUCGAUAUGAACAGCAAUUUUCGUGUUCCGGCAUUGGAUCGGAGCGCCGAUCUGCAUAAUGAUUGGGAAAAUUUGCGCAUGUCGGUGCCGCCAUGGUGAUCAGGCAGUUCGGAGGGCUGCUCUUUGUGAUGAGGAUGGUUGACAGCAACCAUGAUCAAUCAGCAGUUCACAGAGCAAAGUUUCUCUGUCAGAGCUGUAUUGCUUACCGACUCCUUGCAAGAACAAAAUCUGCACUGUUGAGCAAUGGUGCUGAUGUUUGAUGUGCCAUUUGGACCGCGUAAAUCUGCAGUUUCUACUAGAUUGGUUGAUUUUGUUUGGUUCUCCUGUUUCAAAGAUCAGGCAAAUUUGGUAGGCAAGAAACUGAGAUGUGAUCAGGGCAAUCUGAGGUGCAUGUAAAUAAACUUCUUUAGUUUUGGUGAGGUUACAAAUCUAAAGGUGGGUGGUAUAGUUUGAAAUUUGAA